AUGGAGGCGGUGAACAGCGGCCGAAAGAGAGAGAGUGAGGUCGCCGUCGUCGAUGUGGGUUCUGAGGAGGUGACAGUUGUCAUUUCCGAUGUGGGUGAGAGGGAGAGAGAAAACAGGAAAGAGGAGAGGCGAGUGAGAGUUGUCGGUCCCUCAAUUGCAUUAAAGUAUUUAACUAUAAAAUGGUGUAAACUUGAAAGCAUUGAGAUUCGUGACGUAAAACUUGUUUCAUUUAUUUAUGAGGGAAAAGCAACCAACCUUCUCCUCAAUAAUGUACCAUUCCUUGUUGAGGUGUCCGUUUCUGAGAGGCUUGUUCGUAUUUUUUCGGAUGAGGUACAUGUUUACCGCAAAUCCAUAGAGCUUCCCUUCACCCAACUCUCUUGCUGUCUUUCUCAGCUGGAGAUAUUCGUGCUGGAUAUUGAUUUAGCGGUCUACAAUCAGGAUUAUGUAUUUCCCGUAUUAGCAAAUGUCAAGCAUUUGGAAUUAACAGUGAAGGCAAAUUAUGAUAUGGAUCUUUUUCAUUUAACUUCUUUCAUGAAGGCAUCUCCUCUCGUGCAGAGACUUGUGUUGAAGUUGAAUUUUACAACACUUGCAGGAAUGGGACCAAUAAAGAGCGCAGGCGAAUGCCCCCAUCAUUACCUGAAGGUAUUAGAAAUUGUAGGGUAUCGUGCUCAUACAUGUGUUGUUCAACAUGUCAUGCACCUAAUAAAGAGUGCUGUUGCACUGGAGAAAAUUAUUGUCCAUCCUGUCCAGCGUUUGAAUGAAUCUUAUGUAAGAGUUAGGGAAGUUGAAAAGGUCGAAGAAGCGAAAGCAAGAGACCAUGCUAUGCAAUGCCUUCGAGAAAAAGUGCCUGCAACUAUUGAAUUUGUAUGCCUGUAGAGAUUUUGUUGGCAUUUAAUGUUGUGAUCGAACAAACUCAAAUUGAGACAUAACUGUGCUCUUUCUUUUUAUUAUUUUUGUUCAACCA